AUGGCGGUUAAUUUAAACGUGUCGCAUAAAGUGUUCCAAGCAUUGCUUAACGUUGAUAUACAAGAACUAUGCAAGUUGUCGGCAAAAGACAUCCGUCCAGUAUUACCAUGUCUGGUUCGAAUGAGCUUAAUAUCAUCGGCAGACAACAUGGCAGAUUAUGCCGAUGGCAAGAAGGACAUACUUACACUGUUGUCGGGAAUAGAACUUGUCAAUUCUAUUGUUGCACUGUUGUCAAUUGAUUUUCACUCAUUAGAAAUAGAUGUUAAAAAAGAACAAAUAUUAAGACAAAAAUUGGGUAGUACUCAGGCUGAUAGUGUUCUUAUUCAUUCGCUACAAAAUCCAUUGUCCCUGGAAUUUGAGAGAAGUGACUCUACUCGGCGGUUGAGACUUGUUUUGAGUGAAAUCUUAUAUAUUUCUUCACAGAUUCAAGAACACCGUGAAAAACAACAUGCAUUACAAACUUCAAUAAAUUCAGAAUUUUAUAUCAAGCAGUCAGAUUUAUUUGAUUACCCAGUCUACAUACCAGAAGUUUGUGAUGUAUUAAAUAUUGCUCUUUCUGAAUUACCAGCUAUACUUACAGUUCAAGACAUUGCAGAAGUGUUGCUUCAUGUUAAACAUGGUCCAAUUUUCAUUUGUUGGAUUGUAGCUAAUUUUCCUGAUUGUUUUUAUGAUGUUUGUACAAGCUUAAUACAAAACUCAGAAAGAUAUGAAGAAGAAAAUGGCGGUAGUCGUAUUCGAAUGGAAGUCUUAACCCAGUUAAGUGCUAUGUAUCCACCUGCUGCGCUUGUGAUUCGUGCUAAAUGUGUCGAACUUAGUAAAAUGCCUGCAUUAACUAUCAUGUUGACAUUAGAAAAUAAAAUUUCCAAAGUUUCAUAUCUGAAUAAUGUACAAAGUAAUAAUGACCUUGUGACAUUCAUUUCUGGCUUGUUACUUGGAAAUGACCCACAGGCUAGAAGUUGGUUUUCUCUUUUUAUCCGACAGAAGAGAACAAAAGAUUCUGUAAAUUUUGCUGUUCAAAAUAUGCGUGACGAGUUAUUAUUACAAUUACAAAACUUAUUGAAAAAUGUUAAAGACAACACUUUACCCAACACAAGUGUUGUAGAAUCUACUGUACUACUUAGACUUUAUUGUGCAUUGAAAGGAAUAGCUGGUAUCAAAUUUCAGGAAGAAGAAAUCACUUCGCUCAUGUCCUUAGCUACAUGUUAUCCACCCUCUACACCAGAAGGUGUUAGGUUUGUCACAAUUUCAUUGUGUAUAAUGAUAUGCUGCAAUACUUUACUUGCUAGUUCAGAAAAUGAAGCUAAAUGUGUGCAAUGGUUAAAGAGAUUAGCAGGAAGCGAGUCACCUUUCUUUGGAAAGCCAACUGACACAACUGCAAGUUUUGGAGAAAUGUUACUGUUGAUGGCUAUACAUUUCCAUAGUAGCCAACUAACAUGGAUUUGUGAUCAUAUGUGUAAUACGUUAGGAAUGAGAAUAAAUAUCAGACAAAGCACAAUGGGAAAAAUGAAACAAAUUUUCACUCAAGAUGUAUUUCCUGAACAAGUUGUAGCUUCUAGAAGUGUUAAUAUACCUGUCACACCAAAUCUAAAUGCCACUAUGUCUGGAUUUUUGCCAAUUCACUGUGUUUUACAGUUAUUAAAAAGCCAAGCUUUUACAAAACAUCGAGUUAACAUAAAAACGUGGAUAUAUAAUCAAAUUUGCGCAAGUGUUUCGCCAUUACAUCCAUUACUACCUUCUUUAAUUGAAGCUUAUGUCACUUCUAUAUUAGUGGUACCCAAUAAAGCUACACAAGAAUUAGCUGUUAAUCAGCCAAUUACAGAAGAAGAAAUUUUAAAGGUUUUUGGUGAUAAGGUAUUAGACCAAGGUGGUAAUGAGAAUUUUACAGCCCAUCUUCUAUUGCUGUAUUAUUUACUCUUAUACGAGGAAAACAGUAUGUCUUUGGCUUCUCAGCCCAAUAGAUUACAGUUAGUUGGACUGAUCAGGUACAAAACUGAAUUCUUGGCUGACAUCCCAAUUCGAUAUAUAAUUCAACAAGCAGAAAAAGAGCAUCCUUAUUCUAGUUUGUUUUCUACUCUAUUAAGACUUUUGGCCACACAUUUUCCUCAUUUGUCUCUAGUUGAGGACUGGAUGGAAGAUACAACAUCAGAAAGUCAAUUUGUAUUGCAACACAAAGCUAAAAAUAUUACAACAGAAAUGAUAGAAAGUGGUUUAAGCAUGAUGGUUGAACGCCCAGAAAGAGCUGGAAUUGUAUUGAAAAGAUUGUAUGCUGAACGUCCAAUUAAAAUUUGGCCAUUUGCACCUACCAUAUUAAAAUUUCUGCCAAACACAUUAGAUUCUAACGUUUCAAGAUAUAUUCAAGAAUUAUAUAAAAAGGUUUGGUUAAGACUUAAUACAGUUUUGCCCCGCAGUUUGUGGGCACUUACUAUUAAAGCUUUACAACAUAACAAUGGAGCAAGUGCAUUAAAAGAGGAAAAUUUAAUUCAGGACCCUUUACAAGUUUUGCAAUGUGAUGCCAGAGUUUAUAGGUGUCCGACAGUUUUGAGUAUUGUAAUCCGAGUAUUGCAAUCAUCAUUAGCAGCUUCAAGAAGUCAUUUAUCUCGUCUAGUCAAUCAAAAAAUAUUUGCGACUGGGCAAUUAACUCAAACUAAUAAUCGUGAAGAAUACAAAAAUGUGUUGACAGCUGCACAAGACAGUGCUGCAGUGCAACUUUUAUUAGAGGCUUGUUUGGAAACUGAAGAUGAUCGAAAAUCAUUUUCUAACAUGAUGACAUUGAGAGAAGUAAGAGGUGUUGUUUGUUCAUUUUUACAUCAAAUGUUUAUUGCUGAUCCUCCACUCGCAAAAUUAGUGCACUUCCAGGGAUAUCCAAGAGAAUUACUUCCAGUUACCUGUCUAGGAAUUCCAUCCAUGCAUAUUUGUCUAGAUUUUAUAGCAGAACUUUUAAGCCAACCAGAUUUCCAAAAACAGAUAUUUGCUAUUGAUCUUAUUUCAAAUAUUUCCCAACAAUAUCCAUUGCCAAAAUCAUUAAGCUUAGCACGUUUAGCCAUUAACACAAUGUACACCUUUCUGUCGGUAUUAACACAAGAAGACCGCCGUGAACUCUAUAUGCCUACAUUACCAGCAUUAGUCAGAAUAUGUCAGGUAUUUCCCACUCUUAGCGAAGACUGUAUAACAUUCUUAAAUCAACUAGGCCGCAUGUGCGUGUCAGUUACAUCUGUACGUUCGGAUAUAUUUUUAUUACCUGCUGCAGCCCAGAGAAGUGAAGAAAUGGAGGGACCAAAACUUAGAAUGCGACGAGUUCCAAAACCAGAUAUCUUUGAUGAACGCACAGAUAUUGCGGUAGCUAAUAAGUUAUUUGCUCAACAGGUUGAACUAACUGUUAAAGAAAUAUUACAGAAUUGUUUGGAAAACAAUGCAAGUGCUUGACUAAUUUUAAAGAUGCCUUUGUAACAACAAAAUAAUAGUGCUAAUAAAAUUGAUGUCUUAAAAAAGUGUUAUGCGCGAUAAAAAUUACUAUAUCUACUUAGCAGUAUUUGUAAUUAAUUUUAAAUUCCAAGUGUAUCAAUGAAUGUAUUGGUUUUAUAAUAUGUUAUUAAAUAAAAAAAAAAC